CCACCUUCUUUCAUUUAUGACACUAAUGAAAUAAGAAAUCCACGUCAAAAGCAGUCAGUCAAAAUAAUCAAUCCUGUAGUAAAAAAUGAUAUAAAUCACAUUAAAAAUUUACAUUCAACUUUAAACAACGCACUAAAAUGAAGUAACAUAGAAUUAAUACAAAACAAGGAAUCUGCUCUACAUUUUCUACCCUAUUUAUUCGUUAACUUUUUAACACAAUACAACAUGUCUCGCCGUAACGAAGAUUUUGAUGAAUUUUGUGACCCCGAAAACCCACGUCCCAUAAAAUAUGCGGAUGUGAUGGAUGCAGCCAAUCGUUUGAGGCCCCACAUAUUGAACACGCCAUGUGUUCCGUCGCAUCAUCAACGGGAGUUUGUGAUGAACUUGUAUUACAAGUGUGAAAACUUACAAAAGUCGGGAAGUUUCAAAGAAAGGGGGACUCUAAAUGCGCUUCAGCUAUUGCCAUUGGAUAAGAAAAAGCUCGGCGUGGUCGUGGCAUCAAUAGGGAACGAUGGGGCGGGGCUCUGCUGCCACGCUUCUAAGAUGGGCAUCCCGGUCAUCGUGGUGAUGCCGAGCACCACUCCCAUAGCCAAACUGCAGAAAUGCCACAGCCUCGGAGCCAAGGUGGUCGUGCAAGGAGGCAAUCUGAUGGAAGCGCAGCGAUAUGCGCGGGCCAUCGCGCGCGACAAAGGCUUAACCUACAUUAACGGACGAGAUCACCCGCACGUGCUCGCUGGCUAUGGAACUAUAGCGCUGGAGAUCGUGGAGCAAGUGCCUAACGUGGAUGCUGUGCUCGUGCCAGUUGGAAGCGGAGGGCUGGCGGCCGCGACCUGCGCGAUGAUCAAGGCCCUUAAACCGAACUGUCUUGUUUACGGUGUGCAGCCCGAAGUAAUGCCAACGUUUUUCAAGUCACUAGAGAAUGGCGACCCUGUGACUAUUCCGGUGCAAUCGACGAUUGCUGACGCCGUUGCCUCGCCUAAUGUCGGCGUCAACUCCUUCGGCAAUGCCCAACAGCUUCUUGAUAAAAUGUUGCUGGUCAAGGAAGACUGGAUAGCGCGUGCAAUUCUACAUUUAGUCGAAAAAGAGCGAUACGUCGUUGAAGGGGCUGGCGCGUGCCCACUGGCUGCGAUUGUCGGCAAUUUAGUGCCAGAAUUCAAAUUAAAAAACGUCGUGUGUAUUCUGAGCGGCGGCAACAUUGACCAUAUAUCACUAAAUAGGUGUCUAGAAAGAGGACUUUCCGCUGAAGGACGAUUGGUGAAGUUUGGAGUGGGUAUAAAGAACACCCUAACAGCUAACGCCCAGUUGCUAAGACUUCUCGCGAACGGAGGCUACAACGUGGUGCGCCAGUUUAGAGACGGCUGGUGGAUGGAGGACGAAGUCUACAAUAUUGAGGUUAAACUUGUCUGUGAGACUAAAGGCAUGGACCAUGCCUUAGAGCUGAAGAGAAUAAUUGAACGAGCCUACCCCUGCAAAUCAGUUUUUGAGACCGAACCAUUCAAUGACAAGAGAACCUGCCCUUGCUAUGUCAGAAAAUCAAUCUCAUAAACACUAUAAGAAAUGC